GCGGGUGCUACCUGCUAUGGCGGCGCCCUGAGUUCCACCGGGAGAGGGUCGAGUGGGAGUCCCGGCUGAGCCCCGUUACGGGAGCUCCUGCUAGGAUUAACGUGGAGUCUGGGCCAUGGGCCAGCCGGCUCCCACCCCAGUGAUGGACGAGGCCACCUUCAGAAGCGACACCGUGCUGUCUGAUGUUCACCUCUACACCCCAAACCAGAGACACCUCAUGGUGCGGCUGAAUGGCAAGGGCCAGCCCGUGUUCCUGUCGCAUUUCCAGCUUCUGUGGGGUCAGGACGCAGGGCCCAAGGGUGGAGACCACAGCAGUGCCCACCCUGAGACCAGCCCCCCAGGGAGUGACCCCAGCCAGGAGGGGACAGGAGCCCAGCUGGACGAGGACGGGGACUUGGACGUGGUGAGGAGACCCCAAGCCACCCCUGACCCUGACCCAGCAGGGCCUUCGAGGGACAAGGUGCACCCCGUGAUUCUGUGCCUGGAAGAGGAGGCCCCAGGAGAGGAGGCGGGCGAGGGCAGCCUCGGUCACGUCAUCAGAAUAGAGCACACGAUGGCCACCCCCCUGGAAGACGUGGGCAAGCAGGUGUGGCGGGGCGCCCUGCUCCUGGCCGAUUACAUCCUGUUCCAGCAGGACGUCUUGCAGGGAUGUACCAUGCUGGAGCUGGGGGCCGGCACUGGACUGACCAGCAUCGUCUCAGCCAGCGUAGCCCGGACCGUGUACUGCACAGAUGUCGGUGCUGACCUCCUGGCCAUGUGCCAGCGAAACAUCACCCUCAACAGCCACCUGACAGCCGGAGGUGGGAUAGUCAAGGUGAGAGAGCUGAACUGGCUGAGAGAGGACCUGUGCACAGACCCCGAGGUCCCCUUCAGCUGGUCAGAAGAAGAGAUCUCCCACCUGUACAGCCACACCACUGUGCUGCUUGCGGCGGAAGUGUUUUACGACGACGACCUAACCGAUGCCCUCUUCAGAACCCUCACCCGGCUCGCUCACAGACUGAAGAACCCCUGCACCGUCAUCCUGGCGGUGGAGAAGAGGCUGAACUUCACGCUGAGACACUUGGACGUGACGUGUGAAGCCUACGACCACUUCCUCGGCUCCCUGUGCAGCAGUACCCUCACUGUCCCCCGGGAGUCUCCGCUGGGCCCGCACUGA